AUGAAAAUACAGGUUGACGAACUCUCCCUUAACACCACUCAAACUCCGGAAGUUUUAUCGGGAAAGAUAACUUUCGAGAUAUGGCUUUCACACUCAGAGCAGCCUGUUAAGCAAGUAAUGGAUUUCAAUUAGAGCGAGAACUUUAUGACUCAACUUGCGGGACGCAGGCAGCAGGUGGAUCUAAUUAGAAGUUAAUUUACCAAGCUCGUGGAGUGGUUUUCGGCAAUGUCUAAAGCUGGUCAGGUGUCAACUCGUGAGCUGCCGUGUAUUAUUCAGCAAGGCUCAGAUAUGGAGGAUUCCACUGAUUUGUAUGACUCCUAUGAGACAAAUGAUAGCCCUCCCUGGGCAGACCACCAACAUCAGUGUCUGGAGGAUCAAAACAAAGUCGAGUGUCUCAGAAGGAAGAUCAAAUAUUACUUCAUGAACCCCUGUGAAAAGUAUCAUGCUCGUGGACGAAAACCAUGGAAACUCGCACUCCAGAUCAUCAAGAUUGCCAUAAUUACCAUCCAGUUAGUGUCUUUUGGAUUGAGCAACCAAAUGGUUGUCACGUUUAAGGAGGAAAAUCUGAUGACGUUCAAGCACCUCUUCUUAAAGGAUUAUGUUGAUGGAAGCAUGGACACAUAUGCGGUUUACAGACAGGAUGAUGUUUAUGAUUACAUCGAUUACAUAAUUGAAAAGUAUGGACAUCUGCACAACAUCACAGUUGGCAAUCAUGAAUAUGAGAAAAAGGAUGCUAUGUUCACCCCCAUGUCACUGUGCCAGGAUUUCUACCAAAAUGGUACCAUCUACCCAAGCGAUGAGACCUUUGAAAUAGAUGCCCAAGUGGUGACUGAGUGCCUUGAAAUUUAUCCGAUGUAUAACCCUAAAUUGAGGGAGGGAUAUCCACAUUUUGAAUUGUAUUUUAAAAGGAUGAUCUCUGUCACAAUCACAUUUGUUCUUAAGGCCAUCAAUUUGCAGACCGUGAGACAUCGAGAGCUGCCAGACUGCUACGAUUUCACUGUUAUUAUCACUUUUGACAACCAAGCUCACAGUGGCAGGAUAAAGAUCAACCUGGAAAAUGAUGUGGAUAUCAACGAAUGCAGAGACUGGAAAGUUACUGGAGCAUAUGCCAGGAACGUAAACCUGACUGUGUUGUUUGACUGCCUCAUCAUUAUAACGUGUAUCACCUCCUUCGCCCUCUGCACACGCUCAGUCAUUAAAGGCAUUCAGCUGCAGUUUGAGUACACACUGUACUGCAGGAGGAAUUGCGGUAAAGAAGUCCCAUUGUCAGAUAAAGUGGAGUUUUUGAAUGGCUGGUACUUCCUGAUCAUCAUUAGCGACAUGUUGACCAUCAUCGGCUCCAUUCUCAAGAUCGAGAUCCAGACCAAGGUUCUCACCAGUUACGACAUCUGCAGUAUCUUUCUGGGGAUUGGCACCAUGUUUGUGUGGAUCGGGGUCAUUCGCUACAUGGGCUACUUCAGGAAGUAUAAUAUUCUCAUCCUGACACUCAGGGCAGCAUUCCCAAAUGUGAUCCGUUUCAUCUGCUGUGCUGCCAUUAUUUACAUCAGUUACUGUUUCUGCGGCUGGAUCGUCCUCGGCCCGUAUCAUGAGAAGUUCCGGACCUUGAACACAGUUUCGGAGUGUCUUUUCUCCCUGAUCAACGGAGACGACAUGUUCCCCACCUUUAAGAACAUGACACACAAGAGCAGCUUGGUGUGGGUUUUUAGCAGAGUCUACCUCUACAGCUUCGUCUCUCUGUUCAUCUAUAUGAUUCUCAGCCUCUUUAUCACCAUCAUCACUGACACCUACGACACCAUCAAGCAGCAGCAGCAGAGUGGACUCCCGACGUCUGAACUACAGAAAUUCUUGUCGGUGUGCCAAGAUCUGCCAAACUCGGGGUUGUACAGACUCGAUGAGAAGAAAGGCUGCUUCUUAGACUGCUUCAUCAACAGGUUCAGGCGGCAUGAAGAGAGUCUGACUUCAGAGGCGUAGCAGGUGGCGACUAUGACCUCACACUAAAUGAGCACUUUAUUCCCCUCAUAAAAUAUGGGAGCGUCUUGAAAAUCAUUUGUCCAAACUUAACCUGAUUGAUUUUAGUUUCUCAUUGCUGAAAAACAGUUAAGACUAGCCUUAAUUUGAUGCUGAGCUUGAGAGAACUUUUGUAAAUACACUCUGUACAUAUAAACUUAGAGUAUAUAUCAAGAUGAUAAACACAUCUGAAAAUUUAAUGUUUUUCAAAUGUUUCACUUUGCGGGACCCUUGUGUUGUACACUAAAGAAAAUGAAGAUUAAAUAAAUGCACUGUA